AUGCAUAACCUGCAGAAUAAGAGAAUGGAGGCAUCCUGCCUGGAACUGGCUCUGGAGGGAGAGCGCUUGUGCAAAGCUGGGGACUUCAAAGCUGGGGCAGCUUUCUUUGAAGCAGCGGUGCAGGUGGGGACAGAGGACUUGAAGACUCUCAGUGCCAUCUACAGUCAGCUGGGCAAUGCCUAUUUCUACCUAAAGGAGUACUCCAGGGCCCUGGAGUACCAUAAGCACGACCUUACCCUGGCCAGAACCAUCGGGGACCGCAUUGGAGAAGCCAAGGCAAGUGGCAACCUUGGGAACACAUUGAAAAUACUUGGUCAGUUUGAUGAAGCUGUUGUUUGUUGCCAGAGACACCUGGACAUUUCUCAGGAGCAGGGAGACAAGGUAGGUGAAGCCAGAGCACUCUAUAAUAUAGGAAAUGUUUACCAUGCAAAGGGAAAGCACUUAUCUUGGAACACGGCCCAAGACCCAGGCUACCUGCCACAAGAAGUCAAGGAGACACUACAGAAAGCUUCAGAGUAUUAUGAGAGGAACCUGUCCCUGGUAAAGGAGCUGGGGGACAGAGCUGCGCAGGGCCGUGCUUAUGGCAACCUUGGGAACACCCAGUAUUUACUUGGCAACUUCAGUGAAGCUAUAGCCUUCCACAAGGAGCGCCUUGCUAUUGCUAAGGAGUUUGGGGACAAGGCAGCGGAGCGGAGAGCGUACAGCAACCUGGGCAAUGCACACAUCUUCCUUGGGAGGUUUGACAUCUCUGCUGAGUACUACAAGAAAACGCUCCAGCUCUCCAGACAACUCAAAGACCAAGCAGUAGAAGCCCAGGCUUGCUACAGUCUUGGAAAUACCUACACACUGCUUCAAGACUAUGAAAGAGCAAUCGAGUACCAUCUAAAACAUCUGGUGAUAGCACAGGAGCUGGGAGACAGGGUGGGAGAAGGAAGAGCCUGCUGGAGUCUCGGAAAUGCCUAUGUCUCCCUGGGGAGCCAUGAACAAGCUUUGCACUUUGCAAGGAAGCAUCUUGAAAUCUCCCAAGAGAUUGGAGACCGGAACGGUGAGCUGACAGCACAGGUGAACAUGGCCCAGCUCAAGUCAGCUCUUGGCUUGGGCCCCGGGGAUGAGGACAUGGGUACAGCUCAUCACUAUUCUGGCUAUGAAGCACAAGGAGCCAGGCCAAAGAGACACCAAAGGAACAACAUGGAUGGCUUAGACCUCCUGAAGUUCCCUUCUGAAAAGAAAAUCAACCGGACCCCUUCAGAUGAGGAAUGCUUCUUUGACCUGUUGAGCAAGUUCCAGAGCAACCGGAUGGAUGAUCAGCGCUGCCCGUUGGAAGAAUGCCCAUCGGAGGCUGCAGAGGCAGCUGCUACACCAGUCCCUGCCCUGGAAGAACGGAUAUCCCAGUCCUCCUUGAUGGCAUCUCCACAGACGGAGGAGUUCUUCGAUCUCAUUGCCAGCUCCCAGAGCAGACGGCUGGAUGACCAGCGUGCCAACGUGGGCAACCUGCCAGGCCUGCGGAUAACACACAACAACCUGGGGCACCUGUGUAUGGAGGGGGACACCCAGGAGCCUGGGGACGAGUUCUUCAACAUGCUCAUGAAGUGUCAGUCCUCCAGGAUAGAUGACCAGCGCUGUGCACCACCAGACUCCAUUCCCCGUGGCCCCACCAUGCCAGACGAAGACUUCUUCAGCCUCAUCCAGCGUGUCCAGGCCAAACGCAUGGAUGAGCAGCGGGUGGAUUUGGCCUCAGCCCAGGAGGAGGCAGCAGAGGAGCAGCAGAGGCCUGGUUCCAGCUAA